AUGGCGGUACAAACAGAAAGAGGAAUACCUGUUAGCGCAGUUAGUCCUCGUUACCUACACACAAACUCCACCAGUCACACGUGGCCCUUCAGUGCUAUAGCAGAAUUGAUUGACAAUGCUUAUGACCCAGAUGUCAAAGCCAAGCAGUUCUGGAUUGAUAAAACAGUGGUCAAGGGCCAGGACUGCCUUACCUUCAUGGAUAAUGGUGCAGGCAUGGACUAUGAUAAGAUGCACAAAAUGCUCAGUUUUGGCUUUAGCGAUAAGCAGACGAUAAAUGGCCACAUCCCAGUGGGCCUUUAUGGUAAUGGUUUUAAGUCGGGCUCCAUGCGCUUGGGGAAGGAUGCCAUCGUGUUCUCCAAAAAAGCAGACGUCAUGGGUGUGGGACUUCUAUCCCAGACCUACCUCGAGAAAAUAGGAGCGGAGAAUGUCAUAGUACCGGUCGUCACACUGAAACAUAACGAACAGACUAUCAGUGCUGUGCCAGAGCAUGAGGCGAGUCUUCAGGACAUCCUGACCUACUCAGUGUUCAACACCAGAGAGGAACUACUGUCUGAGCUUGAUGCCAUCAAAGGUCCAUGUGGCACAAACUCCACUGGUACCAGAAUCAUAAUCUGGAACCUCCGCAAGACAGCCUCUGGAAAAUUAGAGUUUGACUUUAAGCAGGACCGCUAUGACAUCUGGAUUCCUGUUGAUGUUAAUGAGAACACAAAUGUCUCGGUACCCGAGAGUGAAUAUUCACUGCGGGCGUAUAGCAGUAUUCUGUACUUGAAGCCCAGAAUGCAGAUUAACAUUCGAGGACAGAAAGUAAAAACUCAGCUCAUCUCCAAAAGUCUUGCACACAGUAUAAAGGACACUUACAAACCCCAAUUUCUUGAUAAAGGAAUUCCAAUCAUCUUUGGCUACAACACAAAAAGCAAGGACCACUACGGUCUUAUGAUAUACCACAAAAACCGCCUUAUUAAGGCUUAUGAACGUGUCGCCUGUCAACGUAAGGCCAACAGCACGGGCGUGGGAGUUAUUGGGGUGAUAGAGUGUAACUAUCUCAGUCCAACUCACAACAAGCAGAAAUUUGACAACACAGAUGAGUACAGGAAAACCAUACAGACUGUAAGUAUUAAGCUUGAGGAUUAUUGGAAGGAAAUCCGUCAUAGACUUCAGAAAAAACGAAACUGUAAUACACCUAUUGAGGAUACUCAGAAGCGGCCAGACCAGAACUGGGUGCAGUGUGAUGAAUGUCUGAAGUGGAGAAAACUUCCGGAUGGCAUUGAUAAUGAACUUCUUCCAGUUAAAUGGUUCUGCCGUAUGAAUCCUGACCCUCAGUUCAGGAGUUGUACAGUUGAAGAGGAACCCGAAGACUCUGAUGAUGAAGAACCCAGAUACCAGAAAACCUUCAGACAGCAUGAGAGAAAUCAGAAGUUGCAGGCAGAGAUGAACAGACAACAGGUGGAGGACCAGAAGAUUGCAGCAUUGACAAAGCAGAAUGCUGCUUUGAGGAGGCAAAUCCAACUUGGUAGCCCUUCUUCACCUGCGUCACCCAUCCAAGCAACACCCAACUUGUCCCUUAAUUCCAGCCCUUGCAGGGGAUCUGGCUCCAAAACAUCUGAUGACUUUCCAGUUAUCAGUCAUGUCAUCUCCCUCUCCACUCCUGCAAGGAUUAAAAGAACUCUUGACCUGAGCAGCGAAAACGGAGAGAUAAAGAGAGCCAGAGUGAAAAAUGGUUUUGAUGUCAACACACCAAACAGUCCAUCAGCAUUCUCAAACUCAUCCUACAGCUGUUCCUCACCAAACUUGAUUAUUCCUGAUAGCAGUGGGGAUAAAACAGCAGUGAAAGAUGUUGAUGAUGAUAUUGUUAUUGUUGAGAGCUGCAGCACACCUAGGCCCAAGUUAACACAGCCCAGCUUUGACAUAACCAAAGUCAAGUUAGAACAUAAGGAGAGUGAGGAUAAACAGAAAAUACACACUGAUCAAACUGACCACGUGGCCAUGGAGGACAAUAAGACUACUGCUACAACUUCUUUAUCUGUAUCCACUGGACAUGUCUGCAUAUCAACCCAGACUAACCAAGACAACUCUGUGAAAAAAGAAGUGGACAAAACAGAUAGCAUGCAAGACAGAAACAGAGAAGAAGAGAAUCAAUUAGAAAUGGAUUAUAGGCAAGAACAACAGAGCACAGCACAUGAGCUAGGGCCUAUUGAGGAAGAGCCCAUGGAACUGAAUGAGAAUGCUAUAAAAUUAGAUCAGAAGUCAAAUAGUGCAGAGUUCCCUGAUCGAAUAAGUCCAAACAUUUCUGCUAAACCUCUGUUAGACGUGAAACCAGAAGCAAAUCUUGAGAACAUGGCUCUGAAUGUGGUGGACGCCCAGCAGCAACAGGACAAUCUGAUGGAGCUGCUGGAGGCAGCUGCUCAGGAACGUGACGAAAGCCGUGCUGAGCAGCAUCGCCUCAUCCUGCAGGUGGAGGAGCUUCAGAGUCAGCUGCUGGAGCUCAAACAGAACAUAGUGAAAAAGGAACAGAACCAUCAGAGCACACAGACCAGCCCUGAGAUGACUCAAGACUACAAAGUGCAGUACCUGGAGGCCAAAGAGAACAUAAAGAAGCUUCAGCUGGAGCUGGAAGAGCUGAAGACGAAGGGACUUGAUAGAGAAAACAAAAGCAAAGAGAGCAAAGCAGAGGCUUUAGCAGAAGUGGAUGAUGAUGUGGCUUGUCAGAUUGAUCUUUUGUUGAGGGAACUAGACGAGAGAAACAAGAAGCAAGAGGAGCUGAUGAAAAAGGUGGAGAGUCUAGAGGAUGAGAAGCGUAACUUGUUGACCUGCUGUGAGAGCCUGCAGAAAGAUUUCAAAGAAGCAGCAUCAGCAGGAUCAUCAAACCCAGGAAGCGGAAGAGACUUACAGCAGGAUGAGAUGCAGAAACAAGCAGCAAGUGAAAGACAACAGGGAGACAAUAACACACAGACAUGCAUGCUUAAAUUAAGGAAACUCAGACAAAGGGUGGCGCGUCUCCUGGUCACCUUCGUCCCUGCUCUGGACCUUCAGCAGGUGAACUACGAUUGUGACGUCAUCGAUGAGAUUGUCAGUCAGGUUAUAGAUGAGAUCUCCCCUUCAGAAGCAGCAUCUACAUAGUAUCAGUGGUUACCAGCAGAGCUAAACUUCUACAGCAGGAAAUAAAUCACUUUGUUAAUCACUGAGGUUCAACUACAAGAACAAAUUCUUAAUAUACCAGAAUGUACAUUUUAAUGAAGCUUUAUUGAUUGAAAUGGAUCUUUUAAAAAAUCAGGCUACAGUUUGGGUAGCUGGUGCUACUUUGGGACUUCUGACUAAGGAAUGUUUAAAACAGACUUUUUAAAAUAAAAAAAUCAUAAAAAAUA